AUGAUAUCUCCAAAGCUCCGAGCACAUUUAUACGCUUCAGGGCUUUUCGUUGUAACCGUAACCGCAGCAUAUUUCACAUAUAAAGGAGCUAUGGUGAUAAAGAAACCAGCGAGCGAAUUGGCAUUAAUUGAUUUACCACAAGAUGUACGCGAUUGCGAAUAUUACCACGGUCGGAUACCGCGAGUCGAAGCCGAACUCUCACUACGCGUCAACGGCGAAUUCCUUUUAAGGAAGGCCGACGCGCCGAACGGGAUUUAUCUUGUUCUCUCGGUUCGCAUGAAUGAUGGUUUCCUACAUUUUCCGAUAAGUCAAGAGAAAGAUGGAAAAUUUUAUUUUGAGCCGAAUUUCAAAGAAGCCACCAUUACGGAGCUUGUCGCGUUUCACAAAAACUCUGAAACGCCAAUUACCAAAGUCUCGAAGGCCGUGAUCACGAAGCGAGUUGUCCGUCCAGUGUGGCUCGUCAAACACGAAUGUCUUGCUCUCGUGAAAAAGCUGGGAGCCGGCGCGUUCGGCGAGGUGUUCCUGGCCCAAAUGGAGGAUCCCACGUCGCCGUCGAUGCUUGACUGCGCCGUCAAGUCGAUGAGGCAAGAAGCCAGCACAGAAGCUCGACUGCGGUUUAUGAAGGAGGCGAGAAUGAUGCGCAAAUCCUAUCAGCAUAAGCAUGUCGUCAUGAUCUUUGGCAUUGCUGUGCACUAUCAGCCACUUUUAAUUAUAAUGGAACUUUGUCCAAACGGCGACUUGGUUUCUUAUCUCCGCAAAAAUAAGGGAAACGUCCAUCCCUAUGAAAAGCUCAAAUUCUCAUUGGAAGCUGCCGACGGCCUCUCAUAUUUGGAGAAGCUUGGUUGCAUUCACAGAGACGUCGCCGCUAGGAACUGCCUUUUGUCAGCGAAAAAUGAAAUCAAAAUUUCGGACUUUGGAAUGGCUGAUGAGAAGAUCCUUGUCGUUGACACCACUCUUGACAAAAUGCCUAUCAAAUGGCUGGCGCCGGAGACAAUGCAGGAGAAGAUCUAUUCCUUGAAAUCUGACAUCUGGGCGUUUGGUGUUAUGCUUUGGGAGAUUUAUUCGGAUGGCGAGGAGCCUUAUCCAGGAUUAACACCGGUUCAGACCCGCGCAAAGAUCGUUGUUCAAGAUUAUCGGAUGAAAAUGCCUGAAGGAACCCCUAAAGAAGUCAUCGAGGUCGUCGAAAUUUGUUGGAACAAAAAUCCCGAAAAACGAGGAGAGCAAAACCAUCCUGCCGCCAACAUCUCCCUCCUCAAUACCUCCGGCACAAAGCUCUCCUUCAACACCCUCUCCGGCAACACCACCACCGCAACCAGCACCAUGAUAUAA